AUGGGUGAGAUGAAAUUCCUUUUGGGACUUCAGGUUGAUCAACUACCCAAAGGAAUAUUCAUACAUCAGAUGAAGUAUGUUCAUGAUAUCUUAGAGAAAUUUGGGAUGUCCGGGACUACUCCAGCUGCCACCCUGCUAGCGACGAAUCAUGGGAUAAAUCCUGAUCUCACCGGAGAAAAGGUAGACGAAAUGAUGUAUCGCUCCAUUAUCGGAUCGUUGAUGUACUUGACUGCUUCAAGACCCGAUAUCAUGUAUCCAACCUGCCUCGCAGCUAGGUUUCAGUCAAAUCCCAGAGCUUCGCAUAUGCUUUUAUCAGUGUUGGAGGAAAUUCUUGGUGUUGAUGAAGGUACCACUGUAGAUUAUGAUGAAAAGCAAUCUGCAAUGGUCAACCAAGGUCAUUAA